AACGAGUGGAUUGCUUGUGAGUUGGAAGACUUUUACAGCACAAAUACCAGGGCUUCAGAGCAAGUUUCUUCACCAGCGUCCAGAUGUAUGAGGCUGACCUCACGGUCCCCAGCUUCCUGCAGUCUUCCAGUGAAGCUCAAGGAACAGCUACUCAUCUUUCAAUUGGACACCCUUUGAGGUCAUUGACAUUGAGGGGAAUCUGGAGAAAAGACCAAUCUGUAGGUUGCGGGAGUGGAUAAGGGGUCAGUCUCAGGUAUUACCCAAUGAUACCACGCCCAAACGCCAAGAUGCUGAUAUGGACUUCAUGGCAUUGGAGCAGACUGUGAGCACCAGACUAGACAAUUUAUACCAAGCAGGAAAUCUGCAAAAAGACGAAGCAGUGACAUUACCCAAUGGUCACUUGGCCAUGAGCCAGCCUGCACCAUGGGCCACAUCAGUGGUUCCGAGGUCACAGCCUGUUCACAUACAAGUAAAAAGGCAGCUAAAAGAGGAGGAGCUUCAAACAACAUCACUCCCAACUAUCCCGAAUCCUUUUCCCGAACUCUGCAGCCUGUCAAAUUCCCCAAAUCUCAGCAAUGAGUUCAAACCUCCAGCAAGUGGAGGCACCCACGUUAUUACUAUCUUCAGUGAAGAUGGAAUGAAGAGGUCACUCGAGGUCACAGCUGCAGUGAAAGCUCGGGAUGUUUGUCACAUUCUGGUCGAGAGGAAUCGCUGUCUUGAUGAGGAUAACUGGACCCUGGUGGAGGCUCAUCCUAACAUUGCACUCGAGAGAUGCCUGGAGGAUCAUGAGUCACUGAUUGAGGUGCAGAAAACCUGGCUGAUUAAUAGUGGCAGCAGGUUCAUCUUCAGAAAACAUUAUGCAAAAUAUGAAUUAUUCAGGAAUCCCGAGCCAUUUUUCCCGGUGCACUUGGUAGCAGGAACUCUGGAUGCAAAUGCAGGAGUUUCACACUCACAGCUUAUACAGAAUUUUCUCAAUGCUCAGAACUGUCCUGAGAUUCAGGGGUUUCUCCACAUUAAGGAUAAAGGAAAGAAAACUUGGAGACGUUUGUAUUUCUUCCUGAGGAGAUCUGGGCUCUAUUACUCCACAAAGGGAAUGUCCAAGGAACCGAGGCACCUUCAGUAUUUUGCUGAUGUGAAUGAGAGUAACAUUUACACAGUAACAAACAGAAAGAUGUACCACACACCAACAGAGUUUGGAUUCUGCAUAAAGUUUCACAGGUCGGAUAAUGGCCGGAGUGAUCUGGGAGUGCUGUGCUCGGAUGAUGAGCAAAGUCGCACGUGUUGGAUGACAGCAUUUCGCCUCUUCAAGCUGGGUGAGCAACUCUGUCUCAACUAUCAGAUAAUGCAGCAAAAGAAGAAACCGCAAUCCUGGCUCCAGCCAUCCAUCAUGACAAAUGUUUCGGAGAGUUGCCUGGUUCCUAUGGAUUUCUCGGGAUGUACAGGGCGAGUGAUUCAGAACCCGAAAGAAGCUUCAUCAGUGGCGGAGGAGGAAGCUCAGGCUUGGAGGAAGAAGGGAGUCCAGAGGCACAGCUUGCCCAGCCCGUGCCAAGGCUCAGUACUCAGUGCAGGUGAGUUACCCUGACAGUAAAUGUCUCUG